AUGUCUGGUCCAUAUGAUCAAUAUUCCACCAACUCACAAGGUCCCCAUCAUCAAUACCCAGCCUACGACCAGCCCAGCUACUACCCCAGCGAAGGCUACGCUCCUCAAUCCUACCAGCAACAAGGGUACCAACAACAGCAGUACUACCCCGAUACCAGAUCUCCGCAGGAACAGUACUCUUAUACGCCCCAAGCUGGUAACGCUGACUACUACCGUGGCAACGGCUCCGGAGCUGGCAUCCAAUCCCACAGUCAGCAGCAAGGACCCGUGACCGGAUCUGAAUCCGACCGCGGCCUGUUGGGUGCAGUGGGCGGCGGUGCCGCGGGCGCCUGGGGCGGGCACAAAGCCGGCCACGGCGUGCUGGGGGCCUUGGGCGGCGCCAUCUUGGGCUCCCUAGCGGAAGACUAUGCGAAGAAACAUAGUAAGAAAAACCAGCACACCUCGAAGCCACCUAAACAUCAGACCAAUUCCUCUUAUGGGAGAUCCUCGAGCCCCAGAUUGAGCAGCGCCAGCACCGCAGCUUACCCGAACGACUUCGGAAGCGUGGCGAGCAGUUUCUUCCACCACAAGAAAUAG